AUGGAAACACAUAUGGUGGAUAUAGAGGCACAAUCGGCACCCCACAAAACUCCUUCAUCGAUCUGCAACAAAGUUGACCGUCCAGUUAUAUUGAAGUUUCAAGAAGUGGUUUAUACGGUCAAAAUCAAGAAACAGGGAUGGCUAAAGAAGAAAGAAGUAAUAGAAAAACAGAUAUUAAAGGGGGUUUCAGGCACGGUGUUGCCCGGAGAAAUGUUGGCAAUGUUAGGCCCAUCUGGCUGUGGUAAAACGACCCUCUUGACGGCACUCGGUGGCCGACUCGGUGGCAAACUCGGAGGGACGAUCAAAUACAAUGGCAAACCGUUUUCGAGUAUAAUGAAGCGAAACACUGGUUUUGUCACUCAAGAUGAUGUUCUAUACCCUCAUUUAACAGUCAUUGAAACCCUAGUUUUCACCGCUCUACUCCGGUUGCCUAAUACUCUCACCACUCGCGAAAAGGUUAUGCACGCUGAAUCGGUGAUAAAUCAACUUGGUUUAACGCGAUGCAAGACUAGCAUUAUCGGUAGCUCGUUUCUAAGAGGGGUAUCGGGUGGGGAGCGUAAACGAGUUAGUAUCGGGCAAGAACUGCUUAUAAACCCUAGUUUGUUGUUCUUGGAUGAACCAACAUCAGGGCUCGAUUCAACGACCGCUCAAAGGAUCGUUUCGACAUUAUGGGAAUUAGCAAAAGGAGGAAGAACAGUUGUGAUGACUAUUCAUCAACCCUCAAGUAGGCUUUUUUACAUGUUUCACAAGGUGUUGCUGUUAUCAGAAGGAAAUCCAUUGUUUUUUGGCAAAGGAUCGGAAGUAAUGGAAUAUUUUCAGAGCAUUGGGUUUUCACCAUCGGUUGCGAUGAAUCCUUCGGACUUUUUGCUGGAUCUUGCAAAUGGGAUAUCAUCAGAUGAUUCGAGUCAUGAGGAUCAAAAUGCAAUCAAGCAGAGGUUGGUUUCGGCUUACAAGUCGAAUCUAGCCAUGAAAGCGGAAGCAUUAGACGCCGACGAUCACCACCUUAACUACGUAUCAGACUACAAGAUGUCCGAAAGAUGGAACACCACUUGGUUCCAACAAUUCAUGGUUUUGCUCAGAAGAGGCCUCAAAGAAAGGAGACACGAAUCUUUCGGCUUUCUCAAGAUCAGUCAGGUUUUUGUAAUCGCGAUUCUUUGCGGUUUGCUAUGGUGGCAUUCGGAUACUGCUCACUUACAAGAUCAGUCAGGAUUGUUGUUCUUCUACGUCGGAUUUUGGGGUUUUUUCCCUUUAUUUCAAGCAAUUUUCACAUUCCCUCAAGAACGAGACAUGCUCGCGAAGGAAAGAGCUUCAGGAAUGUACAGACUCUCAUCUUAUUUCAUUUCAAGAACAAUUGGAGAUCUUCCAAUGGAGUUAGUUCUACCCACAUUCUUUUGCAUCAUAACCUACUGGAUGGCCGGGCUCAGACCCGAGCUUGGAAGUUUCCUGUACGCCUUAUCGACGCUUCUCUUAAGCGUGUUGGUCUCGCAAGGGCUAGGACUCGCGCUAGGUGCACUCGUUAUGGACCUGAAAUCAGCCACCACUCUUGGGUCCGUGAUCAUGUUAGCCUUCACAUUAGCAGGUGGAUACUACAUUCAAAACGUCCCCGCUUUCAUAUCGUGGAUGAAAUACAUAUCGAUCAGUCAAUAUACGUACAAGCUUUUGGUAGGGUCACAAUACGAGCAUGGCCAAACGUAUCAAUGUGGUAACCGGACUUGUUUGGUUGAAGAUUUUCCAGCUAUUAAGAGUAUCGGGCUUGACGGGCAAGUGAUGUCGUUUGUUGCUUUGGCUAUGAUGUUGGUAUUUUAUCGAGUUGUUGCUUAUUUGGCUCUUAUGAGGGUUGGGGUGCCAAAGAAUUAGAAUGCUAUAAUACAGAAAUUUAUGAAAGUAAACUGUUAUUUUAUAGAUUUUAU